AUCAUGCACCCCUGCUUACAAUGAAUAACAUGUUAUCUUUUGCAGGUGGACCUCUGAGACCGGGCAUGCGGCCAGUGCGUCCUAUGGGUGUUCGUCCUAUGGGUGUUCGUCCUAUGGUCUAUCCCUCUCCUCAUGGCAUGAUUCCUGGAGGAUCAGGUUCAGGUAUACGGCCACCGAUGGGUGGACCUACGCAAAUGAUGCCCGGGCCACACGUGACGCAACCUCCCGCUCGGCCAGUGAUGCCAGCCAUUAGACCCGGAAUGCCGCGAUUUGCGCUAUAAAGCCACCAUGCUGUGACUACUAACCUGAUAUCCACAAAGACUCGGCCAAAUAUCCACACUGGAUUUACAGUCGAUCGACGAGUUUUAUUGCCCAUUUGCAUUCUGUGACGUCUGCGAUUCAGAAAAUUCGAGUGACUCGGAUUACCACAAAUUCUUGUAAAAUUUAAUGAACCUUCCAUCGGCUUUCAUUUCAUAUUUCUGACGGACCAUAGGGUGUUGCGUAAGGUUUGUGUAUGAUGUGCAUUUAUUACUCUGAUGGAUGUUUUGGUUAUGUAGCCUCUAUAAGGUGGAUUUUUCAGCUUCUGUUUCUCAUGUGUUUUGAGAAAAUUAAAAAAACUGGCAUGUUUUCA